UCAGGGCUGGACCAGGACCAGGACAGGACGGCUCUGCUGCGGGAAACGCGCAUCCAGGGCUUUCUCCCCCACUUUGACCUCCCGUAUCCCCCUUUUUCUUACUCGUCUUUCCCUCCAGUGGACAUGAGGAGAUAAUCAGCUGCUGCAAGGUUCGGAAGUUUUCAAAAGUCAAGACAGGAGAUGGAGAAGAACAUCAUGCUGGGGUUGGAGGUUGCCAUGCUCUGCCUCCUCUUUGGAGCCCUGACUCACGCUCAGACAGGAGAAUGCAGCAAGAAAAGAAAGUGUCCCAUCGAUGUGUACUUCACCAUAGACACGUCUGAAACCAUCGCCCUGCAGGAGUCACCUCCUGGAUCGCUGGUGGAAAGCAUCAAGCAAUUUGUUGAGCAGUUUGUAAAUCGUUUGAAAGAUGAAGAAAUCAAGGGCAGUGUACAAAUCACCUGGAAAACCGGAGGACUUCACUUCUCCAAGAAGCAAGAGAUCAUUAGCUCCAUUGGUUCCAUGCCAGACUUCCUCACUCGCCUUAAAGCCAUCAGGUACCUUGGAAACGGCACAUACAUCGACUGCGCCAUUAAGAAAAUGUCCAGUGAGAUGUUGGCAGCGCCGCAGGAGUCCUCAAGUCACUCGACCCUCCGGUUUGGUGUGGUCAUCACUGAUGGUCACGUGACUGGAAACCCCUGUGGGGGUAUUAAGGUGGCAGCUGAAGAUGCUCGCGAUAAGGGAAUCCGGAUGUUUGUGGUGGCAGCAUCAAACAACAUCGAAGAGACUGAGUUAAGGGAGAUCGCCAACUCUCCUGCGUCGGUCUUCAGGGACGAAUUCAUGGCUGUGGAUCUGAGCCAAGGCAGACCCAAAAUAGACAUCGCAACCAUGGAUCGCAUCAUCAAGACAAUGAAACAUUUGGCUUAUGCAGAGUGUUACAAAGUGUCCUGCCUGGAGACAGAAGGGCUUCCUGGUCCAAAAGGCCACAGAGGACAGAAAGGAGCUAAAGGAGACAAUGGUGAAGGAGGACAAAAGGGAGAAAAAGGUCGUGCAGGAGACCCUGGCAUCGAAGGACCCAUUGGUCAGCCUGGUACCAAAGGUGAACCAGGUCAUAAAGGAGAGAAGGGAGAGAUCGGCACUCAAGGGAAAAAGGGUGUGGCUGGUAUUCCAGGCCGCAAUGGAACUGAUGGACAAAAGGGUAAAAUUGGACGGAUUGGUGCUCCAGGAUGUAAAGGCGACCCAGGCAACAUAGGUCCUGAUGGUCACCCUGGAGAUGUUGGUGAACGUGGUCUCCCUGGAAAUGAUGGAGAGAAGGGGGAUCCUGGUCGCCCCGGAAGACCCGGUUCCCCUGGACCACCCGGUUCACCCGGAGUUAAGGGAGAGACGGGAAGUCCUGGAUCUCCUGGUGCACCAGGACAGAAAGGAAACCAAGGACCCCCUGGAGAUGCUGGAAAAAUAGGCGACGAAGGAAGAAGAGGAGACAUCGGGCCUAAAGGGGCCCAAGGGCAAGAUGGUCCUAAAGGAGAGAAGGGUGAAAAUGGACCAGAUGGCCCGAGAGGAGUCUCGGGUGAAACCGGAAACAAAGGAGCAAAGGGAGACAUUGGAUUACCAGGACCGAGGGGACCUUCAGGAGCACUAGGAGAGCCUGGGAGAAAUGGUACCAGAGGUGACCCUGGAGAUGCUGGACCAAGAGGAGAGCCUGGACAGCCCGGACCAAAGGGAGACACCGGAAGACCUGGCUUUAGCUACCCUGGACCAAGAGGACCAUCGGGUGAGAAAGGACAGAAAGGUAAUCGAGGAGCUCGUGGAAGCAGAGGGGACUGUGGUCAAAAAGGAGAUCCUGGAAAUAAAGGAACUCCAGGAGAGGCUGGUGAGCCAGGGCCCCACGGGGAGCCUGGACCAAGAGGACCAAGAGGACCUUCUGGUCGGGAUGGAGAUCCUGGCCCAGAGGGAGAUCCUGGUCUCACUGAAUGUGAUGUCAUGAACUACAUCAGAGAGACCUGUGGCUGCUGUGACUGUGAGAAACGCUGUGGAGCCCUGGACAUCGUCUUCGUCAUUGACAGCUCAGAGUCCGUGGGUCUCACCAACUUCACCCUGGAGAAGAACUUUGUCAUCAACACCAUUAACAGACUGGGAUCCUUUGCCAAAGACCCCAAGUCAGAGACAGGCACAAGAGUGGGUGUUGUUCAGUACAGCCAUAGUGGGACGUUUCAGGCAAUCCGGCUCAAUGACCCCAAGAUCGACUCAUUGACUUCAUUCAAGGAAGCUGUGAAGAGGUUAGAGUGGAUCGCAGGAGGAACAUGGACUCCAUCGGCUCUAAAGUACGCGUAUGACAACCUGAUCAGGGACAGUCGCAGAGCCAACGCCAACGUCACUGUUGUUGUCAUUACUGAUGGACGUUUUGACCCAAGAGACGACGAUACGCUCCUCACAUACCUGUGCAACGCUCCUAAUGUUGACGUGAGUGCCAUCGGUAUCGGAGACAUGUUUGAGCAAAUUGAGGAGAAUGAGAGUUUGAAGAGCAUCGCCUGCCAGAAGGACGAUAGGGUGAUGGGAAUGAGACGAUUUGCGGACCUCGUAGCUGAAGAGUUCAUUGACAAGAUUGAGACCGUGCUCUGCCCAGAGCCUCUCAUCGUAUGUCCUGAUCUGCCAUGUAAAUCAGGAGGGGGCGUCUCUGUGGGGGAAGCCCCAUCUCCCUGGAAGCCACUGGCUGAAGAAGGCAGUCCCUCAUUGGUCCCCACCUCUUUGGAGGGUGUGGCCAGCCUGCUGAGCAGCCUGAGCGAGCAGCAGUAUGGGGUUGGCAUAGCAACCAUGGCGUACACCGCCCAGAGAGCCAAACUCACCCAGGGAGCGGACAGGGAGCAGUGGACCGAGCUGUUCAUCAACUCAUUCAAAUAUGUCUACGGAGACAUUAUGGGAGACACUGAUAAAUCCCUUGGGCUGUGCUAGUGCUAACACGCUAACUACGCUACCUCGCCACUAUGACCAUAACUAACACGUUUGCUGGUGGAUGCAGAACAUAUUUAGUUGAAACUAUUACUCUGAAGGUGCAAUACACAUUUAGACCUAUGCACACACAUUGCAUGAUAUAAAGUUCGUUGUGCCUUGUUACAAAUUAAGAAGUCAGAAUGUGAAUCUCUCUCUCUGCUCACUGAACAUUUCUGAACACAUAGAACAGAUGUUAAUGAUGCAGAUUUUCUUCCAUCUUAAUGGAGGACAAGGAUCUGUUAAAGUGGAAAAUGGACUUUAUUCAUUCAGAGUUGAAUGUAGAUCAUUCAUGCUCUUCUUGUACGGUGGUGGUGAUGAAUCCUCAUUUCCACUGUGAAUCACUCAGAUGUGCUUUGUUGUUGCUGCUGUUUGCACAUAUCCAUGGUUACGGCCAUUACUUAUGCUCCUUAUGAAAAACCACGUGUGUCUAAGGCUAUUACACAUGGAAUACACAUCAAAGUAUUCUGUAUAUGAGUCAGAGGUUUGUGUAUGUAAAUGUUUGGUUGAGAUUUAGAAUUGAGGAUUAAGGAAAUAUUGUACGUUACUCUCUUGGCUGGUGCAUGAGUGUUUUCCAGCAUGUGGCUUGGCUUGUAAAGGAAUGUAAAGUUAUAUUACCAGCUCUGUGAUUUUAACUACACAAUGUGAACAUAGUUUUUCUGUGUAAAUGGAAUCUUUCGAGUUUAAAGAGCAAAUAGUAAUAACAAUAAACUGAAUAACCAUAUUUAAAAUGUGCCGUUUUGAUGAAAUAUCUGGGGAAAUGGACAGUAAAUCAAAACAGCUUGACCGCUGUGAGCGUGUGUGGAGUUAUGGCUUGUUAUUGUAUGUUUUUUCCUGCCGUU